CUAAAACACUAGCCUUGUUUAAAUCCCUUAUAAAAGGUUUCCAUCCCACUCACCUGGUACUCCACAGACCGCAUAACAGCCACUUGCUUCAUCCUGCCUGUGCAUUAGCGGGGGCUUUUCCUCUUUCCUCAGCAGGACUCGAAGAUGCCGCAGUUACUGCGAAACAUUAAUGGGAUCAUUGAAGCCUUCAGGCGCUAUGCCAGGAUGGAGGGCGAUUGCGCAGUGCUGGAAAGAGGGGAGCUGAAAAGGCUCCUGGAGAAAGAGUUCGCUGACGUCAUCGUGAAACCCCAUGAUCCGGCCACUGUGGAUGAAGUCCUGCGCCUGCUGGAUGAAGAUGACACAGGGACAGUGGAAUUCAAGGAAUUCUUGGUCUUGGUGUUCAAAGUCGCCCAGGCCUGUUUCGAGACACUGAGUGAGGGUCUUGAGGGAGCGUGUGGAUCUCAGGAGUCUGGCCAUGAUACCCCUGCAGCCACCCAAAAGCCAGGGGAAGGACAGAGAAGCAGCCCUGCAGUGGGAAGCCCUGGGAACAGACAAGGCCCUGCAGGGAGCAGCGACGCACAGAGUGAGCAGGCUUCUGGGGGGCCAGGAGGGCCUGGGCCACAGACCCAGGGUGAGGACAUCAGCUCUGCUCAGGUCAGUCACCAGGACAGGCAAUUGGAGUCCCAGGGACAGGAGGGAGUGAGCCAGUCUACACAAGCAAGGGGUCACGUGGAGCAGGCCCAGAGAAUGCGAGAAGACAAGAGUCCUCAGACCAGAGAGAGGGGGACAGAGAGACAGCCGCAGGCCAGGGAACAGGACAGAGCCCACCAGACAAGUGAGGCUGGCACUGGAACCAUAACUCAGACCCACACAAGUACCACUCAGACGGUGGAACAAAAUAAGAGCCAUCACACAGGAAGCGCCAGCACCCAGCCACGGGAGUCCACCAGAGGGACUGAGACCCACGGUCAAGAUGGGAGGCAGACUAGCCAAGUGGUGACAGGAGGACACACUCAGGCAGAGACAAGGUCACAAACCCAGACGGUGGAACAAAACAGGAGCAAUCAGACUGGAAGUGUCAGCACACAACCACGGGAGUCCACCUAUGGCCAGAUCAGAGGAACUGAAGCCCACAGUCAAGACAGGAACCAGACAAGCCAAGUGGCAACAGGAGGAAACAUUCAGACACAGACAAGGUCACAAACCCAGACACACACUCAUACCGCGGAGCAGGACAGGAGCCAUCAGACAGGAAGUGUCAGCACCCAGCCACGGGAGUCCACCAGAGGGACUGAGACCCACGGUCAAGAUGGGAGGCAGACAAGCCAAGUGGUGACGGGAGGACACACUCAGACACAGACAAGGUCACAAACCCAGACGGUGGAACAAAACAGGAGCAAUCAGACUGGAAGUGCCAGCACCCAGCCACGGGAGUCCACCAGAGGGACUGAGACCCACGGUCAAGAUGGGAGGCAGACAGGCCAAGUGGUGACAGGAGGACACACUCAGGCAGAGACAAGGUCACAAACCCAGACACACACUCAUACCACGGAGCAGGACAGGAGCCAUCAGACAGGAAGUGUCAGCACCCAGCCACGGGAGUCCACCAGAGGGACUGAGACCCACGGUCAAGAUGGGAGGCAGACAAGCCAAGUGGUGACAGGAGGACACACUCAGGCAGAGACAAGGUCACAAACCCAGACACACACUCAUACCGCGGAGCAGGACAGGAGCCAUCAGACAGGAAGUGUCAGCACCCAGCCACGGGAGUCUACCUGCAGCCAAGCCAGAGGGACUGAGACCCACAGUCAAGACGGGUAUCAGACGAGACAGGUUGUGACAGGAGGACACAUUCAGACACAGCCGGGGUCACAAACCCAGACACACACUCAGACCAGGGAGCUUGACAGGAGCCAUCAGAGAGGAAACACUAGCAUCCAGUCACAGGAGUCCAUCAGAGGCACUGAGAUCCACAGUCAGGACGGGUAUCAGUCGAGACAGGCUGUAACAGGAGGACACAUUCACACACAGGGAGGUGCCCCCCAGGCCGUGGAACAGGACAGGGGCCAGAUUACAAGCCACACCGGGGCAGGAGAACAGGGCCAGACCCAGAGGCAGUCAGGCAGUAGUCAAAGACAGACACAGGUGAGCAACAGCGAGGCAGGAGAGACAGUGCUGGGAGGGCAGGCCCAGACUGGGGCGAGCACUGUGACGGGCCGACGGGACACGAGCGGUGCCCACCCACCGUGCAGUGUGACAGGAGGUCAGGGAGAAAGAGAUCCCACCGCGGUUCAGCAGGAGUGGGUUGAUGACCACACGAGGGAGACAGUGAUCCGAAGGCAGGACCAGGGCAGUCUGCACACUAGUGUCCCUUCAGCACCAGGCCGGGAGGCAGCCCAGCUAGAAGGGAAGCGAGGACUCACAGCGAGGGGACUGUAUUCCUACUUCAAAAGCAGCAAGCCGUGAGGGCCCCGGCCCCGGACUCCGGGGCCCAGCGCAGAGAAGAGCAGACAGCAGUUGGCUUGCUGGCCCUGGCCAGUCCGGUUAGCAAGUCCCUUAAUGUUAGCUCUUCAUCGCGGUACUUCGCUCUUAGUUCUUUCUCAGUGAGGCCAUUUCUGCAAGGUGAUUGCUAUCCUAAAAUUUUCUCUCUUACCUGCUUUGCUGAGCAGACGCUCUCAGGGGCAAGAAGACAUGGAACAACUCAUCCCUUUGUGCCACGUUUUCCUUAGCUUGUGGGGGGUUUCAGUUACUUUUAUAGAUUCUGUUGUCUGCCCAUUGCCUCAUCUAUCCUAAUGAAUCAAUAAAAGCUUCCUAAGCAA